UUCACAUUCAGCAAACCUCGCGUCAGCAACAAUGUCCAAGCAAUUGAUCGUCUUUGACUUCGACUGGUCUUUCGUGGACCAGGACACCGACCGAUGGGUCUUUGAGGUGCUCUCUACCGAGCUCAGGCGGUUGUUGCAGACUCGAAAGUCUGGGGGUUCGCAAUGUACGCCUGAUGUUGUCAAUGAAACCAUGAAGGACCUUUACGAACGUGGCUUCAAGAAGGAGCAAGUCCUUGAGGCUCUCCGAAUCCUCCCCUUCCAUCCUGCCAUGAAGCGUGCGGUUCUCGCCUACAAGGGACGUGACGCCAACAACUCUCUUUUGUGUUUGUCCAACUCCAACGAGGUGUACAUCUCUACCAUCCUCGAGAAACACGGCCUCACCGACCUCUUUACCGACGUGAUCACCAACCCUGCCCACUGGUCCGAGUCUGCCCCUGACCACCUCAUCAUCGGCCGUCGCCUUCCUGCCACCGAGCCUCCUCACGGCUGUACUGUCGGAUGCCUCGCCAACAUGUGCAAGGGUGACGAGCUCUCAACCUACCUCGCGGCCCACGGUGGUAUCGACAGCUUCAAGAAGAUCGUCUAUGUCGGAGACGGAGGCAACGACUUCUGUCCGUUGUUGAGGAUGAGGAAGGGUGACUGGGCUUGUGUCAGGAAGGGUAUGGAGUUGCACGGUAGGAUCAAGGAAGAGGGUGCCAAGUGUGGGUUGGUGGCAGAGGUCAAGUACUGGGAACAGGCUUGGCAACUCGAUGAAUACUUCUCCGAGCUCUAAAACAUUCGCGGGGAAUCCUUUCGUACUCGUUUUCAAGGGGUUUUGGGAUAGAGUAGCAUAGACUGAUCAUCACGAGCACAUGCAACAUGUCCACAUGUUCACACGUCUUGCACUCCUCUUCCUCUCCUUCUCGCGCUUUCGUCCCG